AUGGCCACAGCAGCUGAGGAUCCUCCAGGGCUUCAGGAACAAGCUGCGAGUUCAGCCGGAGCCCGUAGAAAUGUCGUUACAGAUGGACAGGGACCAAGCACCUCUCAGACCAACAAGAAAACUAUCGGCCAUCGCGGUAUUGAUCCCACGGGCGAAACUACGUAUAAAAAGACCACUUCAUCAGCUCUCAAGGGAGCCAUUCAGUUGGGAAUCACACACACUGUAGGAAGUCUGAGCCAGAAGCCUGAAAGAGAUGUUCUACUUCAGGACUUUGAAGUGGUGGAGAGCAUAUUUUUCCCUAGUGAAGGCAGUAAUCUGACCCCAGCGCAUCAUUAUGGAGACUUCCGGUUUAAAACGUAUGCCCCCAUUGCCUUUCGGUACUUCAGGGAGAUGUUUGGCAUACGACCUGAUGAUUACAUGUACUCUUUGUGCAAUGAGGAGUUGAUAGAGUUGUCCAACCCUGGGGCCAGUGGAUCCCUUUUCUAUUUGUCCAGAGACGACGAGUUUAUCAUUAAAACUGUGCAACACAAAGAGGCUGAAUUUUUGCAAAAACUUCUUCCAGGGUACUUUAUGAAUCUAAAUCAAAACAAGAGGACAUUACUACCCAAGUUUUAUGGACUCUACUGCGUCCAAUCUGGCGGUAAAAACAUCCGUAUCGUGGUCAUGAACAAUCUGCUCCCGAGUGCUGUCAAAAUGCAUCAAAAGUACGAUUUAAAAGGAUCUACAUACAAGCGGCGAGCGAACGCCAAGGAGCGAUCAAAGGCCGUGCCCACCUUCAAGGACCUAGACUUCAUCCAGGAAGCGCAUGAUGGUUUGUUAAUGGACCCAGAGACUUACAACGCUGUGUGCAAAACCAUCCAGAGAGACUGCCUGCUGUUGCAGAGUUUUAAGAUCAUGGACUACAGCCUUCUGGUGGGAGUUCAUAAUGUAAACCAGGCAAGUGUGGAAGCUCAGGCAGUCUCUGUGGACCAAGCCAGACCCCAAGUCCAAAAGCCUCUGUACUGCACCGCUCUGGAGGCCAUUCAGUCAGAGCCGACCAGAAUGGGCUCUAUGGACAUGGAGGACAAGACGGGAGGAAUUCCAGCCAAAAACUCUAAAGGAGAGCGUUUACUGGUGUACAUCGGGAUCAUUGACAUUCUGCAGUCGUACAGAUUGGCCAAAAAGAUUGAACAUUCCUGGAAAGCCCUGGUUCAUGACGGGGACACAGUUUCUGUGCACAGACCAAGUUUUUAUGCGGACCGCUUUCAGAAGUUCAUGUGCAGCACAGUCUUCAAGAAGGUUGCAGGAAAACCGUCUCCAGCCAAGAAGCGCCGUGCUGUGGGUCACAUUCCUCUCCGGAAAGUUCCAGUCUUCCUGACACAAGCCAGCUCAGAGUCCAGAUCUGACCCAGAGGGCGAGAGUGGCAUGCCGCCAGGACGCCCUGACCUCCUCCCCAGAGCAUUAUCAAACACAAACAGCUUUGACAAGGCCAGGGAACACACCGUCUCCAUCGCUCUGGAUAACACUGCCUCCUCUCAAGAGACGACAGCUUUGACCCACAACAAAGCACAGCCUGAACCUUUAGAAGAAAGUCUUGGUGCAAUCUCUCUGAGUGACGUCGUUCCUCAAAUGAACAUCUGUUCUGUUUAA